AUGGACGAGAAGGAUUUGUUAUCCAUAUCAAGGGAAGAGUGAUUUUAUUUGAUUAAAAAUUCCUGGGACAUUAAUAAAACUCGAUGAUGAUAAAUUCUUGCCAACAGAAAUUAAUAAAUUAUCCUUUCUGUCGCGAUUAAUCAUUUGUGUCCCUUUUCCAAAUAAGGAAUUCAUUUGCCUUCAUGCCUGUCUAAAAUAAUUAAAACCGUGGAACAGAAUAAUCACCUACUGCGUGCUAUGUUCGUGACAGUUUCUAUUUUACUUCUAAUUCAUUCUUUGUAAUGUUGAUUUUUGUUCAGAAAAUUGAAAAUACGAAAAUUUUUGUUGAAGUUUUGUUUCUUUUAUGUUUGAAAAAUAGAUAAAAAUAUGCACAUAUAUUCCGUAAACUUAUAAAUUUGAAGUCAUAAAAAUGCACACAACAGACAGAAUAUACAAAAAUAUACAAAAUAUCCAAAGCAGAUUGUUUAUUACUGAUAUUUAGUAAAUGAAAUAAUUUCAAUUCUACUUCUCCAGUUAUGUUUAUAAAAAAAUUCAAAAUGCAUAAAAAUCUACAUUCUAUUUAUACUCAUCGAAAAUUUAUUUUUUCUCAUAAGCUCACAGACAUUAGUCCCAAUUUUAUAUUUCCUGUUCCACAGUAAUGAAGCAAAAAUUUUAGUAGAUAUUUAAAAAAAAAAGAAUCCAUCCUUUCUACCUAAGAUUUUGAUAUUUUGAUUAUUUUUUUAACGAUGUUACGAAGAUCAUCACUCUAAGUAAUAUUGUAAAGAAUUUAUUUGAGGAUCAUCGUGUAUUAAAAUGUUGUUAUCGAGAACAAGUCUGAAUCAGAAAUGGAUAAGAUUCACCUUCAAUUGAAACUCUCGCAAAAUUAGCCAGAAUGACAAUAUUGACAAUAUAUUAAAAAAUUAUCAAAAUCGAGGAUGGAUUCCUUUCCUUUCGUUUAAGUAAAUUGAGUAAAUAUUUUUUCCUACAAAAAGAGAUCCUUGAUUUUGAUCAUUUUUUUUAACAUACUACAACAAUAUUAAAUUUAAUUUAUUAUUCUGAGGAUGAAUUAAUAGAUUUCUGUAUAAUAUUUGUAAUAAUAGUUACAAUUGUUUUCUAGGGAAAUUAUCGACAAAAAUGGACAGAACAGCUCACCUCCGAUCGAAAUCUUCGCGAAAAAUUACUCACUAGAUGACAACGUAUUGAUAACGUAUUAGAGAACGUUGUUGUCAAAAAUCGACGGAUGCUUCUCGCAGGUAUUACUAUAAGCGAGUAUAAAUUUGCUAAUCGCAGCAUUGGUAUAGUAAUAAGCCGGGCAUCUGUCAAUUAUAUUUUCUGUCGCGUGCAUGAAGCUUGAAUAAUUCACGGUAUUUAAAUAAUGCAAUAAAGGCAAGUUGGCCGAGCAGAAACAGCUGGUUUAUAUUCGUCUGGGAGAAGCAGGGCGAGAAGCCGAGGCGCACGAGCCGCCCUCGGCGCUCUAUUCCAUCGACUAGAUUUUAACCUAUCUAGUUUACAGUUCCGUAGGAGGAACGUAUUGGUUCUACGUGAACCGGCGGCUCUAGGAGUGUUCUGCAUUAUUUAUGUCCCGAUGGUACACGCUCAGGGACCGCAUCCACAGCGAGAACCUCACGUGGCUUACACAGAUCACGUUAAUGCUUCUGGAGGUAUUGUCGUAUUUUAUGGAGGGCCGUGAGCGACUCGACUUUUCCUCAUUGAGUGAGCAAGCCGCGGCAACGAACGCCUCGUGCCUUCAACUGAAAAACGACCUCCGAUAUCGAGUCGCGAUCCACUCGCGCGACUCGAUUUUUCCUGCAGCUUCGAACAUCGGGCAUGAUGGAAGUGGGAAAAGAGGAUCGUUUGGACGAUGAAAUUUUUGGAUUCGUUUUGGUCUCAACAAUGGACAGUCGAGCAGAUUGAUUCAAAUUAUCUUGUUAUCUUGCUCUCAUGCUAUCACUAUGUUUAACAGCCUCUUCGAUAGUAAUUUCGUUUGAAUUAAGUUCGAUUUGUUUAAAUUAGGUCGAAGAGUAUAAUUAAAAAGUUACUGUUACAGCUUCAUAAAUUACGUGACAAUCCAUUUGCUCUCGUUUUAAAACACGAAACCUCUGGCUCGACAAGUUAGACAGUCGUGAGUUCGCGAGUUUUUUCUUUUUUUUUUUUUUUCAAGGAUGACUUUACAUUAUCUAGCGGAUGGGAAAGUGAGAAUAUGUUUUUUACAGAAUUUUCUCGAAAAUUCUGGAAAAAUUCGAACAUCUCUAAAAAUACUGAACAAAUAUUUUUCAUGAUUGGAUCUACAAAUUUGAAGAUUAAAAGUUUCCUUAAAAUUUGUUUUGCGAUUUUUUUUUUUCUAUCGAACUUCGAAUAUUAAAGUAAUACUCAUUGAAUUUUCAUCGUUUAAUCCUAAUAUUCAAAAUAUUCAAUAAAAUGACGGAAAAUUUUAAAGAGGAAAUUUCAAUCUUCAAGAUCAUGGAGCGUGAAAAAGAUUUUUCAGUGGCGCCUGAAUUUUUAGAAUUUUUCCAGUGAUAAACGUAAUAUUUGUUAACAAGUAAUAUAUAGUUUCUUGAUGAAUGAAAUGAAGUUACAGAAUAGGAUUAAAAAUCGACAUAAAGCGAUAGAAGCCGAUGGACACAAUGUCGAUUGCAGUCCCACUGAUAUAAUUAACUUUCGAAGCCUUUUGACGACUACCGAUUGCUUGUCGUUCGUUUGUUCUUUUUUCUCACUUUCUAGAACGAACUCUUUCCCCCUAUAACUAUUUUAAACGUUUCAACUUCCAAUUAAUAAAGUAAUAUUGUUUCUCGAAGUCAGCGCGCUGUCGUUCUUUUUUUUUUUUAUUUAUUGUUUCCAUAAAUAUUUGCUCAGCUUUGAAAUACUCUCAAAGCAAAUGACCUCGACUUGAAAGAAUACUUCUUCGAAGAAGAAUCUUAUAAAUAUCAAAUUAAUUUGCAAGUCCGUGCCUAAUUUUAAAUAAAUUCAAAGUCAAAAGACGAAGUUGACUUUGUAACUUUCUGUCAAAAUAGUGAUUAAAAAUAUAUAGCGAAACAGUUUAAAUUCGAGGAAACAUUUGCUUGCUGUCGUCAACAACGGCAAGAAUGAACUAAUAUUGAAAUAUAUAUUUAUUAAAUAAAUAAUAAAUAAUUGAAAUAAUUUUUUUUCUUCACUAUCAUCAUUUCAUAUUAACAUAUCAAGUCUGAUUCGCCACACUUUGUACAUCAAAUUCUAAUCCUAAUAAUUUUUCCCCUUAACAACGAUCGAAAUAUAUGUUUAUUAAAGAAGUAAUAAAUAAUUGAAACAACACGUAUUUCUUUUAAUAUACUGUUAUAAUAGAAUAUAAUACAUCACCGCAUAGUUUUGAUAAUUCAGGAUACGCACGUCAACUAUUGGAAAUCAUGUUGUAUAGUUGGAACCUGUAA